CUCCCUGUUUCAUCCCAUAACAGAGAGAGUACAGCCAAGUAAGAGAGAAAGAGAUGAAGACCAUUCUUUCAUCGGAAACAAUGGACAUCCCAGAUGGGGUUGUUAUCAAAAUAAAGGCCAAGGUCAUCGAAGUUGAGGGACCGAGAGGUAAACUUGUUCGCAACUUUAAGCACCUUAACCUCGACUUCGAUCUCAUCACAGACGAGGCCACGGGGAAGAAAAAGUUGAAGAUUGACGCAUGGUUCGGAUCCCGCAAAACAACCGCCGCAAUCCGCACUGCCCUAAGCCACGUCGAGAAUCUGAUCACCGGAGUCACUAAGGGAUACCGGUACAAGAUGCGUUUUGUCUAUGCCCAUUUUCCCAUCAACGCUAGCAUUACUAAUGGUAACAAGGGAAUCGAGAUCCGUAACUUUCUUGGGGAGAAAAAGGUUAGGAAAGUAGAUAUGCUUGAAGGAGUUACUAUCCUUCGAUCUGAGAAGGUGAAGGAUGAACUAACAUUGGAUGGAAAUGAUAUUGAGCUUGUUUCUCGAUCAGCUGCAUUGAUAAACCAAAAAUGUCAUGUCAAGAAGAAAGAUAUCAGGAAGUUCCUUGAUGGUAUCUAUGUGAGUGAGAAGGGGAAGAUUACUACUGAGGAUGAAUGAAUGAAUGAUUUACUUCACUAGUUCUAAGUAUAUCUCCUUUGUUGAGCAUUAGAGUUCAUAAUCUAGUGCCAAGAUUUUGUUAAGACUUCAUUUUGUACUUGAUUUUGGUUUGUCUUGAGUAUUUUUUCUUUAGUUUUUAUAUAUGAAUUCAUAAUGUUAUCCAUGAGUAUGUUUGCUGAAUUUUACAAGUGAAGCUUUCU